AUGGUUGUCGUAAGGAAUGAGACGCGAACAACACACCUGGAUGCAGACAUCUACGAGAAGAUAAACUAUGUGAUCCGGGUUAUUCCAGAAGACCUUGCCUCCACGCUAGAGAAUGCAAAGAAAGAACUAGAAGAUGUCCGCCAGCGCAUUCAGAAAAAGGAAGAGCAGUCAAGUGUCAUACGAAAGCGAACUGAAUCUCCGUCGAGCAAAAUGUAUUUCUUAAGCAUCAAAGAAGCCGAGCAAGAUGUCAAAAAUGCAUAUGAGAUGUGUAUCGCAUACCUCGAGAAGGCCGACGGUGCACAUGAUGAGAAAUCAAAGGAGAGUGGCAAGCAGAACCUACCUCAAUGGCGAGGCAAUGAUUUGCACUUCUACUUCGGAGUGAAACUGAUUCCAGAGGCUGGGUUCACACCUGAGAACAUCAUCACUCAAAUCUCGCUCAUCUAUCCGAGCGCGACCAACGAGAAAGUUCAAUUCCUCGAGCCAUCAGCUAGAGCGAGGAAGGUCCGAGUAGGAUCAGAGAAGAGUCAGAUCUACAGCUUCAGCCCUGUUAUCACUCGUGCUACCUUCGCUGAGCUUCGAGUCAACAUCAGUCUUGGUGACUGGAACAAGAGAUGUCAAGUUCCUCUGUCGACGCAGGAACAGAUGCUGAGCGACAUCAGAACCAUCGUCGAGUCUCACUGCUUCGGCAAGGAGCUUUCCGGGGCUCGCUUCAUAUCUUGUACCUUGCGCGAUGCCAUUUGCAAGUCACUGAGAUCGAGCCAGCAAACGGGAAAGUCUUUGAGAAAGGAGAGGAGGGGCAGUCGAAUGAGCGAGGACAUGUGCCAACGCUUCGCUGCGCUCCCAAACAUUUCCUUCUCCUUCUGUCCUGACCGCGAGCCGAUCGCCAGAGCCAUCUUUGAGGACAUGAGGGCGAGGGGGUUCCCGCUGACAGACUCUAAGGAGGACAAGCAGUCGCUAGGGCUUCUGAUCUGCUUCCCUUCUCCUCUCUACACGGAAUGCACGAGCUGCAUGGAGCAAUAUAAUCGCCACCUCCAGCUCGGACUCCCGCGUUUUCACUUGUGGACCAUGGCGUUCGACGUGCGAGGAUGGUUGAAAAACAUGGUCAAGGAGCAGGUGGACAAGUCAUUCGAGUAUGAGGUGGAGACCAACGAAGAGGGUCUGAUGUCGAACAAGGAUGUGGAUGAGAUUGCAGUGAAGGUGCUGGAGGAGUACAAGAAGUCUGUGCCCGAAUACCAGCAGAUAAUGAGCUCUUUCAUCGUCCUGCCCAUGUUGCGGCAAGAAGACGAGGGGCAAGACAAUCACGACAGUCUAAUUCAGACACAGAAAGAGAAAGUCAUGGAGCUCGUUAACAAGAAAAGCAUACCCAAGGGACGCAAAAAAUCAGUGAGCGCAGCGAGCUCGAGGAGGAAAAGUUUGAGUUCUUGA